AAGGCGAAGCCGUCGUUCCGCCAUUUUGUCCGCCGGUUCCAGACUCUGUAGCGGGGCACGUGUGGUUGUUCACGCCAAAAUCCCGGUUUAUUAGCCAACAUUUCAGCCGCUUGUAGCGAAAAGGGUGCAGGUCCGCUCAUUGCAACAAUCUAGUCUAUCUCGUGUGCCCCCAGACUCGAUUCCAGCCAAAUUUUCGGUAUUCCAUUUUCUAGCGCUACAACUGGAGCCGCUUACCAAGCGGGUCAGCCCUAUGCAGUAGCCGCGUCUCCUGCAUCUGCAGCGGCCGCCACUUACGGAACGCAAAGAGCUGCCGGAUACGACGCCGCUUACCAAGCGGGAGCCCCUGGUCAGGGAACUUAUGCUGCAGUUGGUACUGGGGGUACACCAGCAUACGAGUACGGUUACGGACAAACAGCGGCGGCGACUUACACGCCUGGCUACGACCAGUCCGGGGCUGGUAAGCCUGCGACUUACGCCACCACCUACGCCUCUCAGAGAGCCAGUCAACAGGCUCAAGCAACUGCAGCCGCAAAACCAGCUCAAUACGCAGCAGCUUAUCAACCCAACGCCUCUGCUUACCAGGCCACAUACGGACAGCCAACCGCCCAAACAACAAUAGCCGCCCAACCUACAACCCAGGCAAAACCAAACAGCGGAACGUAUUCGGGGUACGACGCGGCCCUUUACUCGGCCGCAACAAUGUAUGUUGCUCAGCAGCAGCAAGGAGGCGUCGCGCAAAAUGUCGCAGCGGCGUCUCAAGUUGCCGGAGUUGCUGCCGCUCAGAAGUCAGCCAAUUGGCAGGGGUUUAAAAGGGGCGGAGCGGGAGGCAAUAAAGGUCAGAGGCCCAAAGCGCCUCCUAAGCCACAACAAUUACACUACUGUGAUGUCUGCAAAAUUAGCUGCGCUGGGCCCCAGACUUACCGGGAGCAUUUAGAAGGGCAGAAGCAUAAGAAGCGCGAAGCUGCCACCAAAAUGGCAGCCAGCGUCGCAACAACAAAUGCGAAUCGAUCUGGAAAUUCAUUGCGUUGUCAGUUAUGUGAUGUAACUUGCACAGGAAACGACGCUUACGCCGCUCACAUUCGAGGGGCCAAACAUCAAAAAGUUGUACUGCUUCACACCAAGUUAGGCAAGCCUAUUCCUCCUCAAGAACCUGAAGUUAUUGGCGGUGUGAAGAAGUCAAUCGCCAGCGCACCAAAAAUCAACUUUGUGCAAUCGGGUGGUUUAGGCAUGACAGGACCCAGCCAGGGAAGUAACGGAGAAAUGAAAGAUGAAGAGCCCGAAGAUACGCCCGAACCAGAUAUUCAACCAGUUGGUCAGGAUUAUAUUGAGGAAAUUAAAAGCGAAGAUGGAAAGGUCAUGAGUUUCAACUGUAAGUUAUGUGAAUGCCGAUUCAAUGAUCCAAACGCUAAAGAAAUGCACAUGAAAGGGCGAAGACAUAGAUUACAGUACAAGAAAAAAGUGAAUCCUGAUUUAGUAGUGGACGUCAAGCCAAGUCUCAGGCAAAAGAAGAUUCAGGAAGAGAAAAUGCGUAGGGCUGCAAUGCGAGAGGAAUUUUGGGCGCGUCGGCAUGGUUUCAACAUGGACGAUGAAGAAUCCAUCUAUUGGGAAGACCGACGUCGUUAUGAAGAAUAUAUGGAUAUGGUUAGUAGAAGCGGCGGUCCGUUUCCACCCAGAGGCCGGCCAUUCCCUGGUGGUCCACCGUUUUUCCCUGGUCCGGGAACCAGAAGACCGGAAUCUAGUGACGACCGUCAUGUCAUGGCUAAACAUGCAGAAAUAUAUCCAAAAGAAGAGGAGUUGCAAGUGGUUCAACGCAUUGUGUCGCAUUCCGAGCGGGCAUUAAAACAGGUCUCCGACCAAUUAGCUGAAGCUAAACCUAGCGAGGGCGAUGCAAACAAAGACAAAGCAGUGGAUCAGCCCCAGAAAGAAGACGGACGCGAUAACCAAUUAUUCUCUUUCCAAAAAGAGCAGGAUGCCUCCAGAAUGCUGAGAGGAGUGAUGCGAGUGGGGCACCUAGCCAAAGGUCUUCUGUUGAAAGGGGACAACCAAGUCGAACUGGUGGUGUUAUGUGCCGACAAACCAACUUUAACUCUCUUAAAGAAAGUCGUUGAAUUAUUGCCCGCUGCUUUCAAGCAGGUAGCUCCAGAUGCUGCGUACCAAGUAGUUAUUAACCCUGCUGAAGCCGGGUUGACUAUUCAAGCAGAAGGACUGACAGUUUUAGUUCAACUGACGAGUCCUGUGAUGCGCGAGCAAGAAGCUGCAAGCGGCGGGUCGGACCGGGAUGUACUCUCGAGAGGAAAGUGUCUCCAGGCGCUGGCAGCGCUCAGACAUACCAAAUGGUUCCAGGCUAGAGCUUUGGGAUUACACUCCUGUGUGAUUAUUAUCAGGAUAUUGAGAGAUUUGUGUCAGCGAGUGCCAACCUGGUCACCUCUUAGCUCGUGGGCCAUGGAAUUGCUUGCGGAAAAAGUACUUUCAUCAACACCUGGUCAAGUUCAACUGUCUCCAGGGGAUGCACUGCGCCGUGUUAUGGAAGCUGUGGCUGGAGGACUUUUAUUGCCAGGUGGACCUGGAUUGGCCGAUCCAUGCGAGAAAGAUGGCCCGGACGCCUCGGGGGCUCUUAGUGCUCAGCAGCGUGAGGAUCUUUCUUGUUCUGCGCAAUAUGCUCUUCGCCUGAUUGCUUUUAGGCAGAUAUUUAAGGUUUUGGGAAUGGAUGCGCUUCCGCUGCCACAGAAAUCAUUUAAGAAAGACAGAUCGGCUCGAAAACGUCGUCGUUCAGGAGGCGAACCUGAAGGCUCAGAAAGUGAUACUGGGAAGAUUAUUAAGACCGAAAGCGCCGCGACACCAACAGACGGUACUCCGGCCAAGUGAAUUGGAGGAGAUAUCUCUCGACUUUACUCAUAAUUAUUUAUAUUUCAGAAGAAAUAGUUUAAUUUUAUAGAAUGUUCAAAUCAAAAAAUGUUUUUUUUUUGACGAUUCCAGUCCAGAUUGGUUAAAAGAGCAACGCUGAUAAGGUUACUAUAUAUGUGAUUAGACGAAAUUGAUUAUAUGUUGAUGCGACCUCGUCCACCAGUCAAACUUCCUUUAAAUAUUGCGUUAGAAUUUUGGUUCGUUUUAUGAAUAAAAUAUUUGGUUAUUAUUGGCAA